GCUUCCUGAGGCGGCGGCCCUCCCUCGCCCUGCCCGCCGACGCCUCCCGUGACUGGCGGCGGGGCCGAGUCCCGGCGGUGAGUGGUGCCCGGGACGGGCCCAGUGCCCUGUCAGCGCCUGGUGGUGCCGCGGGGAGCUGCCGCGGCCAGGGAGUAGUGGCCGGCCUAGGCCGCGGGGAGCUGCCGCGGCCGGGGAGGAGCGGCCGGCCUGGGCUGCGCUGAGGGCUGCCGGCCCGCCCGCCGCCUCGUAGGCCGCCUUGCCCGGUCUCAGGAUGACCCCGACGCAGUGGGACUUCCCGGUGGAGCUGUGCUGCCGGCCUAUGGCGUUCGUCACCCUCACCGGCUUGGACGUGGUGUACAACGCCGUGCACCGAGCCGUGUGGGACGCCUUCUGCGCCAACCGGAGGGCCGACCGCGUCCCCAUCUCCUUCAAAGUGCUACCCGGCGACCACGAGUACCCCAAGUGCCGGACCAAGAGGACAUCCUAUGAAUGGUAUAUUCCAAAAGGAAUUCUGAAGACUGGUUGGAUGAACAAACACCUGAAUUUGGUUCCAGCACUUGUUGUGGUGUUCUAUGAACUAGACUGGGAUGAGCCGCAAUGGAAAGAAAAACAGUCGGAAUGUGCCACUCGAGUUGAAAUUGUCAGGCAAAGUUUGCAGGGAAGAAACACAAAAGUUGCUGUGGUUCUAAUUCAGAAAAAAACACCGUUACCUCCAGGGGAAGAUGUUAUUGCAUCGGAGAGGGCAGCGGCUUUAUGUAAUGCUUGUGACCUUUCUGGAAAAUCCCUCUUUGUACUUCCACACACUGAUCACCUUGUUGGUUAUAUUAUAAGGUUGGAAAAUGCUUUCUAUGAGCACGCACAGACUUACUAUUACACAGAAAUACGAAGAGUUAAAUCUCAUAAGGAGUUCUUGAACAAAACCACUCAUCAGCUUUUAUUUGUUAGACACCAGUUCAAAAUAGCAUUCUUCAGUGAGCUGAAACAGGAUACGCAGAAUGCUCUCAAGUCCUCUGUGAUAUAUCCCAAUCCGGAUCCCCUGGAAACGCAAACUGGAGUGCUUGACUUCUAUGGGCAACGACCAUGGCGGCAGGGCAUAUUAAGCUUUGAUCUUUCUGAUCCUGAAAAGGAGAAGCUGGGGAUUUUAUCCCUACAGUUGAAAGAGAAAAAUGUCCUUCACUCGGAGCUAAUAAUAGCUUUGUUGAGUAAUGCUGUCGCGCAGUUCAAGAAAUACAAAUGUCCAAGAAUGAAAAGUCAUUUGAUGGUUCAGAUGGGAGAAGAAUAUUACUACGCUAAAGAUUAUACCAAAGCUUUGAAACUCUUAGAUUAUGUUAUGUGUGAAUAUCGCAGUGAAGGAUGGUGGACACUUCUCACUUCCAUAUUGACGACAGCUCUGAAAUGUUCAUAUCUGAUGGCCCAGCUGAAAGACUAUAUAACGUACUCUUUAGAGCUACUGGGUAGAGCAUCUAAUCUUAAAGAAGAUCAGAAAUCUCGAAUAGAAAAAAAUCUAAUAAAAGUUCUAAUGAAUGAAAGCCCUGAUCCUGAACCUGAUUGUGACGCUGCUGCUGUGAAAGCAUCACAAAAAUUGUGGGCUGACCGUGUUUCCUUGGCAGGCAGUAAUGUUUUUACAAUAGAAGUCCAGGAUUUCAUACCAUUUGUGCAGUGCAAAGCAAAGUUUCUUGCUCCUAGUUUUCAUGUUGAUGUUCCUGUGCAGUUUGACGUGUACCUGAGAGCUGAUUGUCCUCAUCCUAUCAGGUUUUCUAAGCUCUGCAUCAGUUUCAAUAAUCAGGAUUACAACCAAUACUGUGUGGUAGAAGAAGCCUAUCAAAAAAGUGAUGUUCUAGAACAGUCAUCGCAAGGAACAAUGUGCUUAGUCCCUGGCAAAACGAGAAGGUUCACUUUCAAAUUUGUUGCAAAAACUGAAGAUGUAGGAAAGAAGAUUGAGAUCACCUCUGUGGACUUGAUCCUGGGAAGCGAAUCUGGCCGAUGUGUGAUUCUGAACUGGCGUGGGGGAGGUGGAGAUGCUGCAUCAUCUCAAGAAGCAUUGCAGGCAGCACGUUCCUUCAGGCGAAGACCUAAGCUUCCAGAUAAUGAGGUGCACUGGGACAGCUUGACUGUUCAGGCAAGCACUAUGAUUAUUUCUAGAGUGCCAAACAUUUCUGUUCAGCUCCGUCAUGAGCCUCCUGCCCUGACUAAUGAAAUGUAUUGUUUGAUUGUGACAGUCCAGUCACAUGAGGAGACAGUGGCCAAAGAUGUUAAGCUUACAGCAGGUUUAAAGCCAGGGCAAGAUGCCAACCUGACUCAGAAAACUCAGGUGACUCUUCAUGGAACAGACGCCUGUGAUGACUCCUUUCCCGCACUGCUUCCUGAUAUCCCUGUAGGAGACUUGCAACCAGGGGAAAAGCUGGAAAAAACAAUAUACAUUCGUUGUGGAACAGUUGGUUCAAGAAUGUUUCUCGUUUAUGUUUCUUACUUAAUCAGCACAAUCGUUGAGGGGAAAGAAAUCCUCUGCAAGUGUCACCGGGAUGAAACUGUAACCAUAGAAACAGUAUUUCCUUUUGAUGUUGCGGUCAAAUUUGUCUCCACAAAGCUGGAGCACUUGGACAGAGUAUUUGCAGAUAUACCGUUUUUACUGAUGACAGACAUCCUGAGUGCCUCUCCUUGGCCUCUCACUAUUGUCGCCAGCCAGCUACAGCUGUCAGCUUCCAUGACCCCAGUAGAUCAGCUGGAAUCUUAUGUGGAGAACGUUGUUUUACAGACAGGUGAGAGUGCCAGUGAGUGCUUUUGCCUUCGGUGUCCUCCAGUUACUAAUGCUAGUGGAGUGGCAACUGGAUCUUAUAUCAUUUCCUGGAAGAGAAGCUCACCUGUGGAAAGUGUACCCGUUGUUAGUACAGUCAUCACGCUACCGCAUGUGGUUGUAGAGAGCAUUCCCCUCCACGUCAAUGCAGAUCUGCCGUCAUUUGGUCGAGUCCGAGAAUCCCUCCCUGUCAGAUAUCACCUGCAAAAUAAGACCAGUUUAGUGCAGGAUGUGGAGGUGUCGGUGGAACCCAGUGAUGCCUUCAUGUUCUCUGGCCUUAAACAGAUCCGAUUAAGAAUCCUUCCUGGCACGCAGCAGGAAAUGUUAUAUAAUUUCUAUCCUCUGAUGGCUGGCUAUCAGCAGUUACCAUCUCUUCACGUUAACCUGCUGCGAUUCCCAAACUUCACUAACCAGCUGCUCCGACGAUUCAUACCGACACACAUUUUUGUAAAGCCUCAGGGUCGUCAAGCGGAUGAUAACUCGAUUGCAGCUGCGUAACUCCGAGACCCGGAUCUCUGCACUUAAAGAAAAUGGGAUGUUGCACAGAAUAUGUAAAGCUUCCUUUGGAAACGUGGCUUUGAUCAAAACAUAAGAAUUAAAUUUUAUUCUUCGAUUACAACCCCUAGCAGAACUAAUGUUUAAAACUAGUCUUUUGUAGACUUCCUUUAAAGGAUAAACAUAUGAGGAAAACCUGGUGCUUUAUUUAACAGGAACAUUCUUUUGAAGUUAACUUUGAAUGUCAAACUCUUAAAAGUAUCAUUAAGGCAUAUUAAAUGUCUUGAGUAUUUAAGUGAAGAAAUGCUAAUUCGUGUGACCGAAACCAAAAGACGUUUUCAUAAUUAACAGUAAGUUGAAGUGCAAAGUUUGUACUUGCUACUAGAGAUUUGCAACAUUGAAAAUGACCAUCCUUUACAGCAGUUUGUGCUCUGCCACUUGUGUUGAGGGCAGAAGAGUGUGUGCAGUAGCACAGUAAACUACAAAGGGUUACAAUGAACUGUUGGAAUUGAGCGUCUUACUAGUUCUUUAAAGCCGUAAAUCUAAAAGGCACUAUUUCUCCUGGGUAAGCCAUACAUCCGAAUUUGAAUGCGGCAGCUGGUCUCAUGAAUAGGGAGAUUCAUUUGUAACAGCAGGGCUAUCCAACCUGAAGCUGAUACGGUUUUUGGAUUAUUUUUACACACACAGCUUCCAGAUUAAAGAUAAUGUCUUCACAGUCUCCUGCUGUGUGAAUUGGAAAAAAUGGACAUCCUACUGUUGUACAGCUCCGGAUGAACUGGUGUUUAAAAUACAGUAGAUCACGUGUAUAUAAAAAAAAAAAGUAUUGUGAAAACUUCAGUUGUUUAACUUUCUAAAUAAUUACGUUUUGAUUGCUUGGGAAAUACCUUAUUUAUUGUCAAAGUGAAGUUCUAAUAAACAGCUUGUAACAGAGUAA